AUGCCUUCGGCCACACCCGUGAUCCCAUCCCAACAAACCGCUAUCGUCGCUGAGGGCGUCGGCCAACUGAGCAUCCAUCACAACGCUCCAGUGCCCGCCCUCCACCCCGAUGUAGCUCUCGUCAAAACCGCCGCCGUGGCCAUCAACCCAAUCGAUGCGAAGAUGCUCGACUACAGCCCGGUCCCCGGGGCCAUCCACGGGUAUGACUUCGCGGGCACCAUCGUCGCCCUGGGGAGCGACACUCCGCCGCAUCUGAAAGUCGGCGAUCGAGUCGCAGGCUUCGUACAUGGCAUGAACCCCCUCCUGCCAGAUGUGGGCGCAUUCGCCGAAUACGUUGCCGCCUCGGCCGACCUGGUCCUCAAGAUCCCGGACGCGAUGAGCUUUGAGGAAGGCGCCUCGCUGGGGUUGGGGCUGUUCACCGCGGGACUGGCUCUCUUCCAGCAUCUCCAGAUCCCCGCCUCUCUCACCGGGGGGCCCAACCCGGCGCCUGAGGGUGGCCCAUCUGGAACGCCGGACGUGGUCCUCGUGGCGGGUGGGAGUACCGCCACGGGGACCCGAGCACUGCAGCUGCUGAAACUGUACGCUUACCCUCAUCCUCACUUCCUCCGUCAUCAUCCAAUCGUGUACGGUACAAAGCAUGAUACUAACCCCCGUGAACAUGAAAAUAGAGCCGGCCUCCGCCCGAUAGCCACCUGCUCCCCCGCGCACUUCGACCUGGCCCGCCGCUUCGGCGCUGAAGCCGUCUUCGACUACCACGACCCCGACUGCGCCGCCGCCAUCCGCGCCUACACGAAGAACAGCCUCGCCUACGCUCUCGACUGCCUCGCGCUGGCCGAGACCACCGAGCUCUGCUACGGCGCUCUGGGCCGCGCGGGCGGGCGCUACGUCACCCUCGAGCCCUUCCGGGAGGCGAUCGCCGCCCAGCGCUCGCACACCGUCACCCCGUCCUGGCUGCUGGCGCUGACGAUCUUCGGGCGUAAGGUUGCGUUGGAUGGGGCCUAUGGGCGGGAGGCGAACCCGGAGGACCGCAAGUUCGGGGCGCGGUUGACGGAGGAGGUGCAGGGGUUGUUGGAUGAGGGGAAGCUGGAUGUGCAUCCGGUUCGGGUGAUGGGUGGCGGGUGGAAGGGGGUGUUGGAGGGCGUGGAUCUGAUGAGGCGGCAGACGGUUUCGGGGUACAAGUUGGUUUAUGGGGUUUAG